AUGGAGGACACGUGGCGACCCUCCUGGAUCCGCGGAGACGGAAUCGAGGACAUGGUCUUCGUAGGCAAAGACGUGAUCGCCUGGUGCACAGGUGUGCACGUCGUGUUCUUUAACGUCGCGCAGCGGAAGCAGGCGAUUCGAUGGUGUUGCAACGCUGCAGCCGGCGACGGUGCGCACUGUCUUUCCGCUCACUCCACCCUGUCGAUCUUCUGUUUCGCCGAGAGCGCUGAUCACCCGAGGAUUCUAGUCUACUCGUAUCCCUCGAUGACGCUGAUUUCCGAGUGCCUGGGCGGCCAUAGGAACAGAUAUUUAGCCACUGCCUUCACGGCGAAGGAUCACAUCGUUUCUGUCGGGUGGUACCCACAGUUCCCCAUGGAUGUUUGGUCCUGGAGAACCGGCGAGAAGAUCAUCACCGUGAACACGUUCAUACACGACAAGGUUGGACAGAUACUGCGAGUCACUCAAGGCGGAGCGAACGUGGUCGCUCAGAUGGGCAGAACUUGCGGGAAACUUUAUACCUGGGAACUUGACGUUGUGGGGAAAACUGCGACUCUUCAAGGUGAAGAAAAGCACGAGGUGAAGCUUCCAGGCGAAGUUCCCAUCCAAUGGGUAGACUGGUGCCCGACCUCCACUGAACCUUUACUAGCUCUGACUGACACAAACGGCCACAUAUUCCUAAGCAACUUCGACGGUUCCGACGUUCAACGUAUCGUAUUGUCCCAACGCUGCGGCGUCUGCAUGGACUUCGAACUGCCGAUCGUCCGUUGGUUCAGAGAAGGAAUUCUCCUACGAACCACCUUCUGUCAAAUUCGUUACUACGUGAAGAAUUCGAGGACGAACCGAUGGCAGAAAGAUUGGUAUCUGAAACUCGAAACGAGACCUCGCAUCCUGGUGACGCAUCCCCUAAAAAGUGACUGGUGCUUCUACCACACGUUCGAGGGAUACUUGAUGCAGCUCGAGUUCCCAAAGGACACCGGCACUCCUGUAGUAAACGAGUACCUACGUUACGGCGCCUCCUUCAAAUUUAUGGACUUCGUUUACCCAUGGUGCCACCACGUGGUCGGCACUGAGAACAUGAAGGAGUUGACCGUACUCGAAGCCUACAGCGGAACACAGACAUCCGUCGUGGAUCCGGAGAUUCAGAGCGAAAUAACUUGCCAGGUUUCUCAUCCUGAUUAUCCUUUGAUCGUCCUGGGAUCUCAGCAGGGCGAACUGGUGUUCGUUAGCUUCGUCGAUCCCGAGGAACCGAGAAUAGUUGCUUUUCUGCGGCUGCAGGAGAAACCUUUGGAUUUGAUUAAGUUUUCCCACAGUGGAAGAUCUCUAAUAGCAGCCGACACCCUGAGCGGCAACAGCUACUGCAUCAGUCUGCGCCCGGAGAAAGCGUACACGGUGCAAGCCCUGGUGCAACCACAUCGAAGGAUCACCGACGCGCUGAUCUACGAGGGCUCUAAGAAGCUGAUGGUGUUGGUACUGUUCGUCGGUGCGAAACAGUUCUCCGUGGGCCAACAGCUGAUGCUGUUCGCCGUGCCGGAAGACAAGAAUCUGAUGAGGGAGCACACGGAGAUCCUGGAGUUGCCCGGCGUUUACCGUGCUCUGUGGCAGCAUCCAUCGAACGCGACGAUGCUUAUAGGAACACCGUAUUUAACGAAGCAGCUGCGAGUGCAGCGGCUUCAAGAUUUCCGGAACGUCAGCUUGGUGGACGGUAUGAUGACGGGACAUCACGUCAGGCUGGCGAAUCUGUUUGUCGACAGGCAAUGGUUAACCACCGCUGCUUUCGACGGUUUGGUCCACGUCAGGGACAGGACGCUGCGACGCGUGGUCGCGUGCUUCGUGUCCCAUCAUAGAUCGGAUUUCGGCUGUGCGAAGGCGAUCGCUAAUAAGACCGGCGAUCUGAUCGUGGUCAUGGGGUACAAUGGUUCGGUGGUCGCUAUGAAAAAGGAGAGUGCACCUGCGAGUCCUACCGAUCAGCCAGCUCUUUGUCCAGUGGAUUACACGCUGUACGAGAGGAACCGAAGGAAAAUCCUCUCCGAUUACGCCGGUCUUGCUACAGACAUACAGGAGAUGCUGUCGCGGCCGAAGUUUCGAUUUCCCGAUCUCGAAGAGGACGGUGGCAAAACCUGGUUCGAGUGGAGAGAGGAAGAUCAAUUGCGGAGAGAAGCGAAGGAGUCCGAACGAGAGAGAGCAGAGAUUCUGAAGGACUUCGAAGUGUUAAAGAACAAAGUGAAGACGCUUCUGGAUGCCAACGAAGCUUGCCCUGAUAUAGAGAAGCUUCCGGUGUCGGCUUUCGACCUGGACAUCGCUGGGCGAGAUCAGAAACUGAAGGCUGGUCGCGAUAAAUGCGAGGACAUCCGACUGGAGCUCGAGCACAGCAUCCUCGAAAUGAACAGAGUGUCCAUGUGGAUGAGGGAGACGUUCUGGGAUCCUCAGAAGGUUCUGGGGAAGUCCCUGGUAGCCAUCUUCGGCGACAAAGUGGUGGCCAAUUAUCCUUCCGUCGCGGAGGAUCCUCGAGCGAAGGAUUUGUUGCAGUGGGCGCACUUUUCCAAGGAGAGUCUGCAUAAAAUCAUGGAGGCCGAUACUUUCCAGCCUUGGAGGCUGUACACCGAGGAAGAGCUGGAGGUGGAAUUGAAUAAAGGAAUGAAGCUGUACCGCGAAGAGGAUAUGAAGAUUGACAUGUUGCUCGAUGAGGAGGAGGACAAAGGAAUCUCCGAAGAGGAGCUGGCGAAGCAGAGAACGCUGGAAGGCACCAUUGUCCAUCGAUUCAUCGAGCCGUCGCCCUACUAUUCCCAGAUAGAGUCGUACGGAUUCGGUCACGUGACGCUGAACAACCACUUUCUGCUGCACGACUGCGAGAAGAUUCGUAGCUACUUCAACGCAGCGUUCGAAGAGGUGUACGCGUUGAAAGAGCGAGAGAUGAAGGUGAUACGCGACCGAAUCGCGAGGAUAUGCCACAUCAAUUCGGAACUGGAGACGAUGUUCAAGCGAAGAGUGUCUUAUAUCCCCGUCGAUCCUAGUUGGCACUGGCAGGAGAGCCCUGAAGGCAUUGUCAAGGUGUUCGAUCACGAAGUCAAGGCGAAACCGUACGUUUCGCCGUCGCAGCGAGAAAUCUUGGAUAAGCAGGCGGCCGAGGCCGAGAGGAUCAGGCGGUUGUUGCUGGCCGAUGAUUUUCGCGAACGCGCCUUAAUGACGAUGAUGGACGGCGUGCUGGAGGUUCGAUGGGAGGACAUCAUCAAGAUAGACGUUCCCAAGCCCGCCUGCAUGCUCGAGAAACGACCGGAAGACUACACCGAGGAGGACAUACUCACGGCGAAGAAGUACGAGAAGGAUGUCCAGUUCCUCCAGGAGGAACGCGAGCGCUACAAUCGCAUGCUGGACGCGGAGUACGCUAAAGUCAUGGGACUUUUGCGGGAAGGGAUCGACAGAUUCAACGGGAAACUCGAUCAAUUGUUCCACCUGAAGAUAAACAUCGAGUCGGCCAUAAAUCAGAUGCAUCUACGAUACGUCCGCGGCUGCUUGCGAAACUAUCACCGGACGAAAUCCCUGCGCAGGGAGGAGGAGAUCAAAGAGGGAAUAGCUAGGAAGCAGCGGUACGAAGCCGUCUUGCAGGCGAACGCGCAAACCUUUCGGAACGUGCAUCAGGAGCUGGCGCUGCAGCACGAGACGACGGUCGCCCGCGAGAAGACCAUGUCCAAGCGGUUCAGGCACGACUUCGCCUCGUUGAACAAGUUCCACGUGGAGCUGUUGGAGCAUCAGUUCAAACGUCGGCCGAAGGCCAACCUGAGGAGCCUGUGCUCGUCCGAGCUCGCGGAUCUAGCCAGCCACGUGGUCGACAAAACUCGGUUGGUCUACAUGACGCAGGAGUGCAAGGAUUACCUGAAAUCCCUGGACCACCUGGACGUCCGGCCGCAUUCCCUUCCGCCGACGCUGGAAUCCUCCUAUUGGGACCAUCUGAUCCGGCUACGUCGGCAGAAGAUAGAGUCCGAGCUGAAGAGCCGGGCGAAGGAGGCGGAGAUACUCGACGCGGAGACCGUGAUCGAAGGAUUCAAGCUGAGGAUCGACAAGUGCAGGUCGGACAUCGAGGGAGCGAGAGAGAGGCUGGGCGAGAUCAGACGACAUCGAACGACCGACGAACUGGACGUCGAAGUGCAGCUGGUCUUAAAGAUGGGGCAAGUGGAGGUUGGUCUCACUGGAGACUUAGAGGACACCCGAAAUGUGGUCUUGGUGUCUAGGAACGAGAUACAAGCGGUGAACGAAUUGAUCGGCGCUGCUGGGAAGUGCAAGCUGGAUGCUUUGUCUCGAUUGUUAGACUUCAAAAGAGGUACUCUGCUGAAAGAGUGGGUGCACGAGUGUCGAAGGAAGCACCUGAGCGACCUCCAGGAGGAUCUCCAUUUCAUGGAAACGGCGACGGUGACGAAGGAGAUGCAACAGUACCUGAAGAGGAAGGCCAAAGGUCUGCCUGACGACAAGACGUUCGAUCGCUUGGACGUGGACAUCGACAGGGCGAACGCGAGAUGCGAGAGGGUAAUCGAGAGCCAGAAGGCUCGGCUGGCCUCUAUCCAGAAGGAGAUCGCGGCCACUAGAAGCAAGAACGAGGAACUCGAUCGGCGGAUCGUCGAGCUGAACGCGGCGAGGUGCGACAUGGAGCUGCGCCGCGAUCGUAUCGGCGAGGCGAGGUACCGGCAACACACCGAGAAGACGAUCAGGAUGGUCAUGAGGCGAUCCGAUCUGAUCAAGAAGCUGCAGGAUAAUUAUGCGGCCUUGCUCGAGCUGCAGACCGAGUACGAGCUGCUGAGACUGCGCCGCUAUCCUACGCUCCGUUUCAAGUUCCUCGACGAUGAGGACAAGGAGGCUGGUUUCCGAUCUGAAGGCAAUCUUUGUCUCUGCUAA